UCGGCGGCCGGUUUCCAUGGUGACAGCAAGAUGGCCGUUGCGGGGACCGUGUUCUGGUCGCUCGGCCUGGUCUCCUUUCUCUCCCGCCUGCACCGCCUGGCGGAGCCGCCCCACGUGUGUUGGGACGAGACGCACUUUGGGAAGAUGGGAAGUUAUUACAUAAACCGGACGUUUUUCUUCGAUGUUCACCCCCCGCUGGGGAAGAUGCUGAUCGGACUUGCGGGGUAUCUGAGCGGAUAUAACGGGUCCUUCCCCUUCCAGAAGCCGGGCCAAAGCUAUGAGACCCACAACUACGUGGGCAUGAGAGGGCUCUGCUGUCUCCUGGGCUCCUGGCUGCCCCCGUUUGCGUUCCUGAUCGUGCUGGAGCUGUCUCGGUCGUUACCGACUGCGCUGCUGGCCGCCGCGCUCAUUAUUUUGGAUACGGGGUGCAUCACGCUGUCUCAGUACAUCCUGCUGGACCCGAUCCUGAUGUUCUUCAUUCUGGGGGCCGUGCUCUGCAUGCUGAAGUUUCAGGCUUCUUCGUGCCGGCCUUUCGGGGCCCCGUGGUGGCUGUGGCUGAGCCUGACUGGCGUGAAUCUGGCCGGGGCCCUAGGAGUGAAGUUUGUGGGGCUCUUUGUGGUCGUCUUCGUUGGUCUGAACACAGCCCGGGACCUGUGGAGGAUGCUGGGGGACCUGAGCCUGACGCUGGGUGUGAUUUUCCGUCACCUCGCCGCGCGUGUUCUCUGCCUCAUCGUUCUGCCGCUCGCUCUCUACGCUCUCUUCUUUGCCGUACAUUUCCAGGUUCUGAAUCGCAGCGGCCCCGGGGACGGGUUCUUCAGCUCCGCGUUCCAGUCCCGUCUCGUUGGAAACAAACUGCACAACGCGUCUGUCCCAGAGUACCUGGCCUACGGUUCUGUGAUCACGAUGAAGAGCGUUCGCACGGCGGCCGGAUACCUGCACGCGCACGCGCACCUUUAUCCCGAGGGGGUCGGAGCUCGGCAGCAGCAGGUGACCGCGUAUUCCCACAAAGACCACAACAACCUGUGGCUCGUAAAGAGACCCGACCGGGAUGACGAUCCAGAAGCCCCUCCGGCGUACGUGAGAAACGGCGACAUUAUCCGCCUGGAGCACAAAGCGACACGGCGGAAUCUGCACAGCCACCAGAGGGAGGCACCGCUCACCAAAAAACACCUGCAGGUCACGGCAUACGGCACGGAGGGGAGCGGAGACUCCAAUGAUUACUGGAAGAUUGAGGUGCUCGGCGGCGGCUCCAGAGUGAGGGUCCUGCGCAGCCACGUCCGCCUGCAGCACGUGGCGACCGGCUGUGUGCUCGGCUCCACCGGGAAAGCCUUACCAAAAUGGGGCUGGGAGCAGGGGGAGGUCACAUGCAGCCCCUACAUCCGCGAGACGCCCAGCACCCUGUGGAACGUGGAAGACCACGAAAACCCAAGACUGCCGAACAUCAGCGUGUCCAUCCUGAAGCCCUCCUUCUUGGAGAUCCUCUCCGAGUCCCAUGUGGUCAUGGUGCGGGCAAACAGCGGUCUGAAACCCAAGGAACACGAGGUGACCUCCAAGCCGUGGCACUGGCCCCUCAACUACCAGGGUCUCCGAUUCUCCGGCGUUAAUGAAACGGAUUUCCGCGUUUAUCUGUUGGGGAACCCUGUUAUCUGGUGGCUGAACCUGGCCUGUUUGUGGCUCUUUGUCCUCCUGGCCGUGGCCGCAGCCGUGUCUCUCCAGCGAGGGGUUGCGAUGUCCUGCUGGAUGAGAGAGAGCUGCACUGUGCUCCUGGGGGCCGGGGGCCAGCUGGGUCUGGGGUGGCUGCUCCACUACUGCCCCUUCUACUUCAUGGGACGAGUCCUGUAUUACCACCAUUACUUCCCGGCCAUGCUGUUCUCCAGCAUGCUGACAGCUGUGACCUGCUCCGUCCUGCUGAGGUUCUGCGCCGUCUUCCUGCCUCCCCCGGCUCGCCACGCGGCAUGCGCAGCCGCCAUCGCUGUCAUUUUCCUCAUCCUCCUGUACAGCUUCUACCUCUUCCACCCUUUGGCCUACGGCAUGGUGGGGCCCCUCGCGGACCAGCCGGGGAGCCCCAUGGCAGGACUGCGUUGGAUGGAGUCCUGGGAGUUCUAGACGCAGCCGGCCGUCGGAUAAAAGGGCAGAAGAAUGAAACGAAGCUCCUGGAAGAAGAGGCGGGGGAGGGGGAGGUGUUAAUUGUAGGAGGCAAAAGGGACUUGUCCGUGCCCCGCUCCAACACCGGGCAGGGGUGGCAAUAACAGCAAUAGGGCAGGUAUAUUGCUGUGAUUAAGACCAGAAGCCUCAAAGUGUCAUUUUGGAUAAAAAAUGGAUUAAACGUGUAACACGCGG